AUGGAAAAGAAAAAGAAAGCAGUGAAAAAGGAAUCGAGGAAAAUAGUUGGCGGUGUAAAACUUCCUCCGAUUGAAGCAGUCCAAGACGAUGAUAUUAGAACGAUACUCGACAUUGAUCCCGAGUACUAUUCCUUGGUGCAAGGACGUCCCAUUAGGCCAAACAAUUCAAUCAAUAAAUACAAACAGGAUAUAAAAAAUGUUGCUUUAAAACGCGUCAUGCAUGGUUUUCUUGUCGACGAAAUCAUAAGGAUUGAUAGAGAAAUGACAUCGGAAAGAAAUACAUACAAAACUGCAUAUAAACAUUUCGAAGAAUGUCGUCACAGUUUCGACAAAUUUUUAGCGUACGACAAUGAUAAAACAAUCGUUAUAAUGAAGAGAUCCGACAAUCUGGCGAAAGAACUGGCGAAUCAAGUAGAAGAUCAUAAGAACGCUAGUUACGAACUAGCAUCCAUUAAAUCGAAAUUGCAGUACAUUGACGAAACUUUACUCAUAUUACUGUCUUUCGAAAACUUUCUUCAUAAAGCUGCACCGAUUCUGUGGCAGGAAAGUCAAAACGUGAAAUUGGAUACGAAACAUUCCGAAAUAGUGAUAAUAGACUCCGAUAUAUUUAAAAAAGUUGACAUAUAUCUUAUCAAAGAACGAUUAAGCAAGUUGGAUUCACCGCGAUUAUAUUUUCAAACUCCUCAGCAAUUGAUGACAAUUUUCGAUCUUAUUGAGAAACAGAAUUUGAAUUACUUAUUGGUAACGGAAAAGCUGAAUUGUGAAAAAAAUAAGUUCUUAAAAGCAAGAGAUUUACUGAAAAGAAUGUUGCAUGAAGAAUUGGAUCAUAUUCAACAGAAGAUUAAUGAAGUUGGGGAGAUGAUCAAUUGGAAUUUAGUACGAGAGACUGAAGUCAAAGAAGUAUUCUAUAGAGUCUUGGAAGAUAAUAUUAGGCAUUCGUUGUCUUCUGAGACGGCUUUGCAAAUUUUCAACUAUGUCGAAUUUACCUAUGAGCAGAUAAUAGCACCGAAUGACACUAAGCAAAGUUCACAUGAUAUGGCAUUAGCUCUUGAGACUGAGUAUGAUGAAUUAUUGCUCAAAUUAUCAGUGUAUGAUUUGAAUUUAAUAAAAGUCAUCGAGAAGGAAACUUAUGAAAUGGGAGAGAAAGAUAUAAAACGAGCUAAAAAAGCGAGUAAGCUACUGAAAGAUGUAGACAAACUAAGCAAACGAUUGAAGUCUUCCUUUGAACCGUCAAGAAGAAAACGUUAUGAUUAG